AUGAAUAUAACCGCACAAAAUCUAACCGACUGCGAAAGAUCUCGCGUUUGGAAAAUGCCGUUGUACGAUUUAAUAGUUUUCGUUAAACAUUUAAACAGAGAUUUUUUAAAAACGGUGCUGACUCGUAAUGCCAAAUACGUAAUAGAAUCAGGCGGACUAUUGAGAUCCAUCGAAAAUUUAGGUUUGAACGAACUUCACAGAGGAAUAAAACCGAAAAAUUCAAGAAAGAUAGAAUACGAAGCACAUUUUUUCAAUUUGAAUUAUUAUGCCGGAGAAAAAGAAAAUCGCGACAUUGUCGACAAAUUCCGUAGAGACGUGGACGUGAUGAGAUCGAUAUCGUUCGCGUCGAAAUCCGUGCCUGGUGGUAGCAUUUUUCCUAAAAAAGAACCCGAAUGCACUUUGCACGAAGAUUUAAAACCUGCACCCUACAGGCCGGCAGUCAUUAAAAUAUUGAAAAAGGGAAAACAAUUAGCGGAUAAGGAAAAAUCUAAAAAACCAUCAUCAUUUUUUCAAAAUAAUCUUUUGUAA